AUGCCCUCUGCCGCGCAAGAGACGGUGAUCGCGGACAGCCUUGACGGGGUGGAUCUGCACAACUACAAGAUCCAGCAGGCCUCAUCCCCACAAGAUGUUCUGCGCCAGCGUAGGGGCCGAAAUGCUGCGGGGCGCCCGGCAGCCCAGGAGGAGGAUGGGGGCGCCAGGCGGGGUCCUGGGGUGGUGUUCUGGGAGGACGCGCCCCAGGUGCUGAAGUUCAACCGCUUCAUACGCAGCGGAUACCGGGCGGGGUACUCCUACCCGCAGUGCCUGGCCAGCCUGUGGGGCCUCCACAACGAGACGGGCAACAUCUGGACGCACCUGCUGCCCGCAGUGGCCCUCGCGAUGGUGGCGCUGGGCGGGCUGGAGAGGCCGUGGGCGCACGCGGGCGUCGCGUACGCUGUCACCACGGGGUCGAUCGUCGGCUGCUUCGUGCUGUCCGUGUGCUACCACUGCUUCAUGGGCUGCCACCGGGACUACAAGACCUGGCUGACCCUGGACGUCUGCGGCGUCUACCUGGCCCUCCUGGGGUCACAGUGGAUCGCGGUGGAGUGGGGGUUCCCCUGCCACCCCGCCCUGCGCCUCUGGGGCAACGCCAUCUACUACGCGCUGGGCAUCCCGGGGCUGGCGCUGUCAUGCCUGGCCGGGAGCCCACUACGGCGAGGACUGCCCAUGCUGCUCAUGACGGCCGUUCGAGUGUGCCUGCUAAUCCUUCGAUGGGCAAUCGCCCAGGGGAGUGCCGUCGCGAUGCGCCAUUACUGGGCGAUGGAGGCGCUCGUGUUUGUGGGCGGUGUGGUGAACGUUUGCCGGUGGCCGGAGAGGUGGCAGCCGGCGCCUGGGCCCCGAAAGGCAGCCCUGCUAGACCACUGGGGAAACUCGCAUCAGAUCAUGCACGUCUGCGUGGCGGCGGGCAUGCUGCUGGUGCACAGGGCGCUGGGGGAGGACGCCGGGGAGGCUUUCAGGGCGGGGGUGGAGUGCGCCGCUCGGUGA